GUUCAACGUUGAUGCCAGCACAAAGGAUAAUGAUAGUGCAGUGGGUAUUAUUGCCAGAAAUGAUAGAGGUGGGUUUAUGGCGGGUCAUUCAGUCUACUUCCAGGAAAGAUCUCCACUUUGUGCCGAAGCAGUUGGUUUUAUUCAUGUGUUGCAAUUCGCCAAGGAGAGGUGCAGAUAAUUGUAUUGUGGAAGGUGACACACAGGACCCAACACAACAAACCGAAACUGAUAACUUCAUGGUGCGAGAACUUGACGGAACUACCAACGAGUGGGGUUGGUGCAAGCAAAAGCUUGGAGCCAAUGCUAUCCUAGCAGUGUCUCUUGCAGUUUGCAAAGCUGGAGCCAGUGUUUUGGACAUUCCCCUUUACAAGCAUAUUGCCAACCUUGCUGGUAACAAAAACUUGGUACUUCCAGUUCCUGCUUUCAAUGUUAUUAAUGGAGGAUCACACGCCAGAAACAAACUUGCAAUGCAAGAGUUCAUGAUCCUUCCCGUUGGAGCCAAAUCCUUCAAGGAGGCAAUGAAAAUGGGAGUUGAAGUAUACCACAAUUUGAAGUCCGUCAUCAAGAAGAAAUACGGUCAAGAUGCAACCAAUGUUGGUGAUGAAGGUGGCUUUGCUCCCAACAUCCAAGAGAACAAGGAAGGACUUGAGUUGCUUAAGACAGCCAUUGCUAAAGCUGGCUACCCUAAAGAAGUUGUCAUCGGAAUGGAUGUUGCUGCCUCUGAGUUUUACGGAUCGGACAAAACCUAUGAUUUGUAACUUCAAUGCUGAUAGUAUUGCAUGAUUGGGAUAGGCAUGAAGGUAAUCGUCGCUUAAUGAGAUUCAAGAGAAGGUACAUCACAAGGUUCCUUCCAUGUUACCAAG